AUGGACGCCAAAGAACCACAGGAUGUCGAAAUAUCCACUCCAUCUCCGGGAAAUGAGUCUCAGCUAGUGCUGAUCCCCCAGCCCAGUACCCAUCCACGAGACCCCUUGAAAUGGUCUGUCAGGCGGAAAUAUGUCAUCACUGCCGUGCUCUGUCUGGCUUCAUUCUCCGGGGCUAUUGCGCCCUUGUCGGGACAGCUCAACCUCGCGGACCAGGAGAAGCUGUACCACAAGACGAAGAUACAAGAAUCCUAUGCUAACUCCGCGGCUCUGGCCGGCAUGGCGGCCGGUCCGUUCUUCUUCGCGCCAAUCUCUCCCAUUCUGGGUCGCAGCGCCUUGAUUUUCUGGUGUGUGCUGUUUACACUGGUGUGUCAGAUCUGGGCAGCCGUAAUGACGCAUCCGAAUGACUAUAUCGCCUACGUGAUUUCACGGCUCUUUGCCGGGUUCUUUGGCGCGGUGCCCACGGUGCUGGGCCCCCGCAUCGUCACCGACAUCUUCUUCCUGCAUCAGCGCGGCCGCGCCUUUACGGCACUGCAUAUGGCAUUUUUGUUUGGUACCAUCGCCGGCCCGACGUUCUCCGGGUUCAUCUCUGCAGGGGCCUUCUUCCCGGUCGAGUUCUGGUGGACGGUUGGUCUGCUAGGCUUCGCGCUGAUUUGCUGUUUUUGUUUCCUGGAGGAGACUGGGUUUGACCGGAAAUGUGUGGACAACAACCCAGAUGUCCCCAGUGGGCUAUUCGCAAACCGCAUCGCCACUUUCUUCUUUGGACAGAGGGUGGUGCAGCCGACGACCUGGAGAGAAACGGCCAAAAUUGGCGUCGCCCCUCUACUUAUUGGGAUUUGCCCAGUCACAAUCAUCAUGGGCAUUUUCACGUUGAUCUCUUUCGGGUUCUAUGUGGGCGUCAACGCCCUCACGCCAGUGUGGCUCCAGAAGCCAGUCUCGAAGGGCGGGUACGGGUUCACGCUGAAGCAAAACGCAGCAUUCACCUUCUGCCACUGGAUCGGGAUCAUCUUCGUGCAGUUCUACGGACACUACCUCAACGACCGGCUGCCGCUGGCUCUGGCGCGGCGCUACAAUGGUGGCGUAUGGAAGCCCGAAUACCGGUUGCAUGUGCUCUGGCUGCCGAGUCUCAUCCUCAACCCCAUCGGACUGGGCAUCUUCGGCGCGGCGCUGCAGUACCACCUGCACUACAUGGUGCUGGCGCUGGCGGUGUUUAUUGUCACGAUUGGGUCGCUGGCCAGUGUACCGGUGACCGUCAACUAUGUCGUGGAGUGCUUCACUCAAUACCCAGCCGAGGCGGGCAUCGUGAUCGGGGCGUACCGCAUUGUCUAUGGGUUGACCAUCACCUUCUAUAUUGAUCCCUGGGUUGAGGCUGUGGAUGUUGGCUGGGUGUACGGGAUGAUGGCGUUCUUUGCAAUCUUCUCGUUCUUGUUCGUCAUGCUGCUGAUGUGGAAGGGACAUGCGAUUCGGGGGAUCCAGUUUGCCAGCCUUGGUUCUAGCGAAGAGGGGAAGAAAUUGGUUCAGGAAUAA